CCCACAUUGCCGAUAAGAAAAGAAUACACCCAUUGGAAGGAACAAAGGAAAACCACCCUCCUCUCAUGGCUUCUUCAUAUGCUCUCUCCUUCCUUCCAUUAACUCAAUCCCCGAAGCUCUCUGCUCGGAACCCACUUCCAAACUCCCAUUCAUGGCGCCCGCGUCCCCAUCGUUCAAACACACCAUCAUCCUCCUGUAUAUCCGCCGCUCUCGGAGAUGGGCCCAAUGCCACGGAGCCCAUAACCGUCGAAACUCUCCACCGGUUCUUUGACCUCAGCGUUGGCAAAUGGCACGGCUCCUUCUACGUGAGAAUACUGGACGAGCUUUCAAUUCGUUCUUCUUUGUUGCUUGCUCUGACUAGAGGGGGGUUUUUUUUGUUGGCUGUUCGUUACUUUGGGGUUUCCUUCCUCCAGCAAUUCAAUGCUCAUGGGAAGUUGAUUCAAAGGGUGAGUACGCGGCUCUCUGCAAGUACCUAUGGAGAAGAUGAUCUGAUGAGCCUCAUUCAAACGCUAUACAUAAAACAACCUCCAUUGUCAGUCUCAGACCCUGACGAAGACCCAGAAUGGGCAGAAUAUAAGAUCAAAGAGACCAAUAUGUUCACUGUUGACAGAUAUCAGCAGAUCGGCUUUUUCCCCGACACAAGGGCUUUUGCCUUAAGGUACCAGACCGCUGGCAUGCUGGAGACUGUUUUGAGGCAAGGUGUGUUGGGUGAAAAUGACACAGGAGAAGAGUCUCCCAGGAAUCUUAAGCUUCCUUCACGAAGGCCGUCUAUAGUAUGCGAGAAUUGUUUAUAUUCACAAGACAUAGAUAGUAGGCGGGCAAGAGCCUUUCACGUUAUGAACCCCGGAGGUGACCUAGAUAUGCUUCUUGUGUUCCUGGAAGAUAGAGUGGAUGGGAAUCAUCCUCCUCCUUCACUUGCCAAUCUUGGUGAGAGCGCUGGUAGGGUUGAACCGUUUCUUGGUAGGUGGGAAGGUCAUUCAAUGACGAAGCGAAGUGGUGUUUAUGGAUCAACACUUACUGAAGCUGAUUCUGUUUCUUCACUUGAGCUGAACGAUAAGGGUCAGCUCAUCCAGGAUAUGACAUCGAGUUCUAGAGCAAGUAACGUUGCGACCAAAGUGCAUUGGAGCGGUACCCUGGUGGAUAAUCUGAUCAUAUAUGAUGGAGGGUACCAGAUAACUCUGUUGCCCGGAGGGAUGUACAUGGGUUGCCCUUGUGAUAUAGCCAAGAGCGUUGCAGAAUCCAAGUCGUUUCAUCUGGAGUUCUGUUGGCUUGAAUCUCCUGGGAAGAGACAGAGACUGGUUAGAACGUAUGACGUCGAAGGUUUGGCAGUAUCAUCUACGUACUUUUCCGAAACGAAAGUCUUAGGUCUUUGAUUCUGGGUGUGUUUUGUGUUGGCAUGUUAAGAAGCUUGACAGUGGAUGUCCCUUAGAAUAUCUUGUGUAUUGCAACACCAGUGUUCAUAAGAAUUAGCUCUUCUCAGAUAGUAGAAUUUUGUUCCCGGAGAGAAUUAGCUGCAGAGAGACAAAUUUGUAAGUUAAAAAAUUUGUUAAGCAAAAGAUUGUUCCUUUAAUCCCAUCUAUUCCAACAUCCCAU